UCUUGCAGUGUGGAAUAAUCAAGGCAUAAGAGUUGCUUGAAGUAUAUAAAGACUCGUUUCCAAUAGUUUUCGUCUAGCGCAGAAUACAAAAAGAUUCUCAUUGACCAGUGUAAUACUGCACCGCUAGAAAUAGAUCAAUUCUACUUUCGAACGCUACAAAUUUCUGUCAGCCAAUCAAAAACACGCACAAAAUCAUUCGACUUGAAAUAUUCCACCAAUAGUCCAGGAGCUCAUAACAGAACUUUAGGUCCCAUUUUCUACAAAAGGUUUGACCCUCUAAAUAGGUUGGUAGUAUCACGGACAAUAAAAAUCACAUGGUCAGCUGACCCAAUUUGGGGGCGUUUGGGUCCCAGGCCCCUAAAAUUACCCUAAUUCGAGACUCCUAUUUGGUCCCAUAAUUCUCAAAGCUUAAAAGUUAGUAACGUGUGCCAUUAUAUGAGAGAAUCUGAAAGAUGAUAAAGCUUACCGAAAAAUUGGGUCUUAAGACUGGGUCAGACCCCCCUCAAAGACCAUAUUUAGGACCUUAAUUUGUCCCCAUAAGCUACAAACUCCAAAUUUUGCACAAACAUUCUCUAACAUAGUGUAAUGUCAGUGGUCAUAAAGCUGACCAAAAAUUUGGGUCUCUUGGCCUAGUCAGACCGCGUCUCGCCCCAUAUCUCUAUUUUUAAUGCGGAGGAGAAGCAAUAGAAAAACAUUUGUCUUAUUUCCAAUGUGUUCAGGGCCUUAACUUAUUUUUAGAAUUUUUUUAAAUAGAAUAGAACGUUUUCGUCCAAAUACAACAGGAAACCGACAUAACAAACCAGACAGUGAAAGAAAAAAGUUAAGAGAAGCAGUUAUUUUGAAGCAAGUGAAGUAAAAACGUGAACAAAUUACCGGGAUAUUUGCAUAUUAGACUAUCAAAUAUAGAAAAUUAGAAACUUUAGAUAAAAUGUGAUAGAUAGAAGAUAUGACAGGUAAAGAUAUAUGUAAUUAUAUCAAGUUUUUAGUUACUGCAUGUUGUAGUCAGUUUCGGAUGAUAAGUCAAAAAAAGUUUUAAUAGUCUGUUGUUGAACUGAAUUUUUUAAACAUAUAUUUUGUCAAUUUUUACUUCAUUGAUUGAAUUUCUCAUUUCGUAGAAUUUUCGAACAAAGAAAUAUUCAAUAAGAUCAAUGAAAGCGAUGAUGUUGUAGCUACUGUAGAUGACAAUUUAAAUGCAAAUGGAAAUACUGACAGUGAUGAACGAUGCUGUGUGCUGCAUGUUGGUGAUGGAUACAAAGUUGGCAAAAUAAAUCUCUUCAAUACGGAAACCCUGGGAAAGUGCAAAUCUAUCUUAGUUACACGUAAAAAUGGAAAUCUAAAGUACAAGGAUACGCAACUUCCUGGCUUUGUGAAUAAAAUUCAAGGAUUUCAUUUAAAUUGUUACAAAAGAUUUAUAGCAUUGUCUGAAACACAGAGAAAAAAUCUCCCCAACGAUAAGAAAGUAUCUAAAGCUGUCCCUUUAACCCGUUCAAAAAUUUCCAUAACAGUGCAAUCAUCUUCAACAGGAGUGUUUUCAAAGAUAUGUAUUUUCUGCAUGCGAAAGGAAAAGAAGCACAAAAAUUUAAAGCAAAAAUUAAAUGCAGCAUCUACAGAGAAUUUUCAAGAAAAUAUAAAAAAGUAUGCACGUUGGUUGGAAGAUAAGCCUAUGUUAGUGCGAAUCGGAAAUGAAGAUUUUGUAAGCAAAGAAAUAUACUACCAUGGAAUGUGCAGGGUCAGUUAUCAAAGCAAGGCCGAAAAAACACCAUUGGCAAUACAAGAGAGGAAUGAAAAAGGGAUGGAAAGACAAAAACUUGAAACAUCCUGGCAUACUGCGAGAGGGAUUCACUGCAAGGCUUUUGAAGGUGUUUGUGCUUAUAUUGAUGAUCACAUCCUAAAAGAAAAAGAUGUUAUCUUACUCAGCGAGCUAAAAAAUCAAUAUCACAUGUUACUAGCAGAAAUCGGGAAUGAAGCAUUCGAAGAUAUUGAAUCGUCUUCAGCAAAACUUGAGCAAAAAUUAUUAAAGCAUUACAAAGAAAGUAUACAAAUCAUGAAGGGGAAAACAAGACGUGGAAACUUGAUAUUCUGCAGCACCAUUUCCGAAGAAGAAGCUUUCAGGAAAGAGUACUCGAUGAAGACAAAAUUGAAAGCGAAGAUUAGAGAUGUAGCGUUUGCAUUAAGGUCUGCCAUAAUGGAAAUUGAAAAAUGCCCUAUACCCGAUGAAGUGACAUUUGCAGAUAUAAAAAAAGGUGAAGUUGAGGCACCAAAUGAAUUAAUUGAAUUUUUCAGUUACCUUAUUGGUGGUCCUGACCAACGCAUAGUAAAGUCAAAUCAGAAGCAGAGGCGCAUAAAAAGUAUUGCUGACGAUGUCAUAUUUGCUGCAACAUCAGGAAAAAAAAAACCUGCAAAACAUUUGCAGCUUGGACUGGCAGUGAAAAGCAUUACAGGAAGCAAAAAAGUGAUCGAAAUGUUAAAUAGACUUGGACACUCUGUUAGCUAUAGCAUUAUCGAAGAACUAGAAACAGAAUUAACUUUUACAUCAACAAAGGCCGGGAAUGCCACACCACAUGGUAUGAAACUAAUGUCAAGUCUUGGAACAGGCGUUGCAUUCGACAACUUUGACAGAUUUGUUGAAACUUUAAGUGGAAAGGAUACCUUGCAUGAUACUGUUGGGAUAGCGUACCAAGUUGUGUCACAAAAUAAUGACAAAUCAUUGGAAGAAGAUGACGAUUCUACCCUUGGCAAUUCUCAGCUAUCUGGAAAGAAAAAACGUAGAUCAUUUCUGGCUGUAGGAUUAGACAUAGAGCCGUACAGAAAAAAACCUAAGAUGUUAACAAGAAUAAUGCUUCCACUAGAUGACCAGAGAAGGGCGUCAGAACCCCUUUCAUAUAUCAAAGCACGCAUGUACGAUACCUUGUGGAUGAUGGAUUUUUAUUUUUCACCCGACACUACACCAAUGUGGGUUGGCUGGAAUUCUAUAAUUUUUCAAAAUACCAACAAUCUGCAAAAAGUUUGGUACCUGCCACAAAUUAAUCAGUCUCCAACUUCUAUAGCUGUAGUAGCAGAAACAUUGAGGCGUGCACAGGUGAUUGCGAAUGAAUGUGGUAAAAAAAACAUUUCAGUAACAUAUGAUCUUGCGAUUGCCAAAGUGGCUAUGCAACUUCAAGCAGAAGAAUCUCCAAAGUUUGACAAUAUAUUUGUCGCUCUAGGUGCAUUCCAUGUAGAGAUGGCCAUGUUUAGCGCAUUUGGCAAGUACAUCGCUGAAUCUGGUGGUCCGCAUAUCCUAAAUGAAGCUGGUGUGAUUGAAAAAGGUUCUCUCAAGUCAUUUUUACUGGGAAAGUGUUACAAGAGAAGUAAAAGAUGUCACCAAAUACUUGCACUUGCAAUGGAGAUUCGAUGUACUGAGAGACAUGGAGCUUAUCAGAUAACUGGACCUGAGCAAAAAAGACCUUCAAACUGGUUGAAUGCAUUGAGAAAUGAUCACUUCAAAGCAGCAUUGGUGGAGUUCUUAGCCUUCUUUUGGGAAAACAACAUGCAUUCAACAGUACUUGGAAACAAAACAGUCAUAAUGAAUCGCAAUGAUACCUGCUACAUGUUUAGAGUUGAAGGAGAGAUCGUGGUCAAAACCGAGAUCGUUAAAUUGUUUUCAACUCAUGAAGAAGCUGAUUCCAGAAUUUUGUACCACCUAUCUUCGAUUCAAACACCAGCAAACGUUGUGAUAAGAACCAUAGAUACUGACGUGCUGAUAAUUGCUCUUGGCUGCCUUAGUAAGUUACCUAACAGCUUGAAUAUUUGGAUGGAAACCGGUGUUUACACUAAAAAUACAUUAAGGUACAUAAGUAUUAAUCAAAUAUACCAGAAAUUGGGCAAAAAUAUUUGCAUGGCCUUGCCAGCAUACCAUGCUUUCACUGGAUGUGACUAUACAGCAUCGUUUAGUAGGAAAGGAAAAAUUCGACCUUUCAAACUACUAGAAAAAAAUGAAAGUGUGCAAGAUGUAUUUAAACAGCUAGGAACAAAUCUUGAUGUCACAGAUGACGCUUUUGCAACGUUGGAAAAAUUUGUAUGCAGCAUGUAUGGAAAAAGGAAUCUAUCAUCUGUAGAUGAAGCUAGGUUGGUAAUGUUUUUGGAAAAGUAUAAACCAAAAGGAGAAAAUGAAGCAAUUUCCUGUGUUAAAAAGUUUGAUGGAAGUUCUCUACCACCUUGUUUACGAGUGUUGCGUCAAAAGAUUUAUCGAACAAAGUAUGUUGCACAGUUAUGGAUGUCAUCAAUAACGUCCGAGCCUCCAAAUCACCUUCCUGAAGACAUGGGUUGGCUGCUGAAAGAUGGCAGCUAUAUCAUUAAGUGGUACGAAGGCGAAAUGUCUCCAAAAGCAGUAGAUGUCACCAGCAAUGAAAAUUAUUAUGGAUUCUCCAGAGAAGUAGAAGAUUUUGAAGGGUUUGAUGAACUGUCAAGUGAUGACGAUUCAGACAGUGAUGACGAAACUAGUGACGAAGACGUGUAAUGAUAAUUUAAGAUGCUGAUGCAGAACAAUAUCAAUCAUGCUGCUAUAACCUAUUGUACAUAUUUAUAUUUUAUUAAAUGCUAUCAGAGCAUUU